CAGGUGGGGAGGGGACCGAGGUGCCGGCCCGGGAGACACUCCCGCCAGCCCGCCUGCACCCGCCCGGCACAGCUCCCUGGGGGCGGCGGGGACGCGCGGAGGUGAGACCCGGCGGCCGGCGCCUUCCCGGCGUGCUCUGCGGCGCCGAGGGGCGCCAGCGCAUCCCGGCGUGCACCGGGGAGCGCUCAAGGGCGAGGGCUCCAGGCUUCAGGAGUGCCACGCGAAGGUACACCGGCUGGGAAGGCCAUUAUGACUGUGAUGAGUACAGUUAUCUAACUACUGAGUUUCCCACUGGAAUCAUGGAAGAGAAACAGCAGAUUAUAUUAACUAAUCAGGAUGGUGCAACAGUGGCAGGAGCUGCACCUACCUUCUUUGUCAUCCUAAAACCGCCAGGAAAUAGCAAGACUGAUCAAGGAAUUUUGGUUACUAAUCGAGAUGCCUGUGCUUUGGCUAGCAGUGUGUCAUCCCCAGGAAAGUCGAAAGGAAAGAGUUGCCUUCCAGCUGAUUGUACUGUGGGAGGAAUAACUGUCACCUUGGAUAACAAUAGCAUGUGGAAUGAAUUCUAUCAUAGAAGCACAGAGAUGAUUCUGACCAAGCAAGGAAGACGUAUGUUUCCCUACUGUCGUUAUUGGAUAACAGGUUUAGAUUCCAAUAUGAAGUAUAUCCUUGUCAUGGAUAUAUCUCCUGUGGAUAACCAUCGUUAUAAAUGGAAUGGUCGUUGGUGGGAACCCAGUGGAAAGGCUGAGCCCCAUGUUUUGGGGAGGGUUUUUAUUCAUCCAGAAUCUCCUUCCACGGGUCAUUAUUGGAUGCAUCAACCAGUUUCUUUCUAUAAACUCAAGCUUACCAACAAUACACUGGACCAAGAAGGGCACAUAAUCCUGCAUUCUAUGCAUCGCUAUCUGCCAAGGCUUCAUUUGGUGCCUGCAGAAAAGGCUACGGAAGUGAUACAAUUAAGUGGUCCUGGUGUUCAUACUUUUACUUUCCCACAGACUGAAUUCUUUGCAGUAACAGCUUAUCAGAACAUUCAGAUUACCCAGUUGAAAAUAGAUUACAACCCAUUUGCUAAAGGUUUCCGGGAUGAUGGACUGAAUAGUAAGCCCCAGAGAGAUGGAAAGCAAAAGAACAGCUCUGACCAAGAAGGGAAUAGUGUUCCCAGUUCUCCUGGUCAACGGACCCGUCUUACAGAAAGUGAGGCAUCAGAAAUACAGCUAAGUGAUUCAGACCCCUUAUCUAGGGGCCAUGAAACACCAGGCAAGGAUUUGGAGAAGCCAUCCCUUAUGAUAAAACGAGACAUUGUAGGUUUCAUGAAUAUUGAUUCAGCACUUGAAGUCCCUCAGUUGAAGCAAGAAGUUUCUGAAAGUCUUGUUGGCAACAGUUUUGAAGAUGACUCCCAUAUAGCCUCAUCAUUAGAUUCAAAUGGAAAUUUCAACGUUGUUAUUAAAGAGGAACCUCUAGAUGAUUAUGAGUAUGAACUUGGUGAGGGCCCAGAAGGUGUCACCGUGAAACAGGAAGAGACAGAUGAAGAAACAGAUGUAUACUCAAACAGUGAUGAUGAUCCAAUACUAGAGAAACAACUCAAGAGGCAUAAUGAAGUUGAUAACCUAGAAACUGAUCAUGCAUCUUCUAAAUGGCUACCAAACAGCCCAUCAGGUGUUGCUAAAGCUAAAAUGUUCAAAUUAGAUGCUGGAAAGAUGCCAGUAGUCUAUUUAGAACCUUGCGCUGUUACCAAAAGCACUGUAAAGGUUUCUGAGCUCCCAGAUAACAUGCUCUUCACAUCUCGGAAGGAUCCAUCUAUCAUGACAGAAUUAGACUAUUUGCCUAUGUACAUUGAAAAUUCCAAUGAGACUGGCUUCUGCUUAGACAAGGAAUCAGAAAAUGGUCUUAGGAAACAUUUACCAGAUCUCAAAGUGGUACAAAAGUACCCCUCACUUAAAGAACCACAGUGGAAAUAUCCCUAUGUGUCUGACAGCAUCAGCACAGAAAGAAUGCUUGACAGUUCAAAAAGUUCAUCAGGGGAUUCGUUUUUAGGAACUGAAGACUUGGGCAGAAAGAGAACAACUGUUCUUAAGAUUUCAACAGCCUCCAAGGCUGUGAAUGUUAAUCAGAAUGCCUCCCCAAAUGUCACUGGAAAAAGAGGAAGGCCCCGAAAAUUAAAAUUUUCUAAGGCAGGGAGACCACCAAAAAACACUGGAAAAUCUUUAACUUCUACAAAGAGUGCUCCUAUGACCCCUGGAAAUACUUUUCCAGAUGUGAAACCUGAUCUGGAAGAUGUGGAUGGUGUCCUUUUUGUUUCCUUUGAGUCGAAGGAAGCUCUAGAUAUUCAUGCAGUUGAUGGGACAACAGAGGAAUCCUCUAGUCUUCAGGCAUCAACCACAAAUGACCCAGUAGGUUGCAGAGCAAGAAUUUCCCAGUUGGAAAAGGAAUUGAUCGAAGAUUUGAAGGCCUUGCGGCACAAACAGGUGAUUCAUCCUGGUCUUCAGGAAGUUGGCUUAAAAUUGAAUUCGGUGGAUCCAACAAUGAGCAUUGAUCUUAAAUACUUAGGAGUACAGCUACCAUUGGCUCCAGCUAAUAGUUUUCCUUUCUGGAACUUUAUGGGAACCAACCCUGCCUCUCCUGAUGCUGGAUUUCCUUUUGUUUCUAGGACAGGAAAGACCAAUGACUUUACCAAGAUCAAGGGAUGGAGGGGGAAGUUUCAUAGUGCUUCUUCAUCUAGGAACGAAGGUGGAAAUUCAGAAUGCUCACUGAAAAACCGUUCUGCUUUCUGCAGUGAUAAGCUAGAUGAAUAUUUGGAAAAUGAAGGCAAGCUGAUGGAAACAAGCAUGGGUUUCUCUUCUAAUGCUCCCACAUCUCCUGUAGUAUACCAGCUGCCCACAAAGAGUACCAGCUAUGUUCGAACACUUGACAGUGUACUUAAGAAGCAGUCUAUCAUUUCCCCUUCUACCUCUCAUGCUUUGAAACCUCAUUCUGUGCCCAUGGCUUCUCGAAAGGGGAAGUCUCAAAACAAACAGGCCACUUGUAGAACUAAAUCAUCUUAUAAAUCUAUUUUGCCAUACCCUGUUUCACCAAAGCAGAAACAACCUCAUGCAAGUUCAGGAGAUAAAGUUACAAGGAACUCAUCAACCACUAUUUCAGAAAGUCAGGUGAAUAACUUCAUUGUGUCAAGUUUAGAUGAAAAUAUAUUCCCAAAGCAGAUAAGUUUGCGACAGGCACAGCAACAGCAGCAACAGCAACAGGGAACUCGUCCUCCAGGCUUGUCUAAAUCUCAGGUGAAGCUAAUGGACCUGGAAGACUGCGCACUUUGGGAAGGAAAACCAAGGACCUAUAUCACUGAAGAACGCGCAGAUGUAUCCUUAACAACUCUGCUUACAGCUCAAGCAUCUCUCAAAACCAAACCCAUCCACACAAUCAUAAGGAAAAGAGCCCCUCCAUGCAACAAUGACUUCUGUCGAUUGGGUUGUGUAUGUUCCAGUCUAGCUUUGGAAAAGCGCCAGCCGACUCACUGCCGCCGACCAGACUGCAUGUUUGGCUGCACUUGUUUGAAAAGAAAAGUUGUACUUGUGAAAGGGGGGUCAAAAACUAAGCAUUUCCAGAGGAAGACUCAACGUGAUCCAGUAUUUUAUGAUGGUUUAGGAGAGGAACAAAGAGAAGAAGCAGCAGUAGCAGCAGUCAGGGAGGAUGAAGAACAAUUGAAAGAGAAAAGGAAGAGAAAGAAGCUGGAAUAUACUUUAUGUGAAACAGAGCCUGAACAGCCUGUUCGACAUUAUCCGUUAUGGGUUAAAGUAGAAGGCGAAGUAGAUCCGGAGCCAGUUUAUAUCCCAACACCUUCUGUCAUUGAGCCUGUGAAACCAUUGCUGUUGCCUCAGACAGACACAUUAUCUACUACUGUGAAGGGCAAACUGCUGACUGGAACUAAACCUGCACGAGCAUAUGCUCCCAAAGCUAAUCCUGUGAUUAGAGAAGAGGACAAGGAUCCAGUCUACCUGUAUUUUGAAAGUAUGAUGACAUGUGCCCGAGUUCGAGUUUAUGAAAGGAAAAAGGAUGAGCAGAGAAAACCAUCACCAUUACCAUCUCCAUCAUUUCAACAACAGAGGUCAUGCCAUUCUAGCCCUGAGAACUGUGGUCCAAAGGAACCUGAUUCUGAACAGCAGUCCUUGAAACCAAUGACCUGUGACCUGGAGGAUGAAUCUGAUAAAUCACAAGAAAAGAGCUGGAAGUCUUCCUGCAAUGAAGGAGAAUCCUCUUCUACCUCUUACGUGCAUCAGAAAUCACCUGGUGGUCCCACCAAACUGAUAGAAAUCAUCUCAGACUGCAACUGGGAGGAGGAUCGGAACAAGAUUUUGAGCAUCUUAUCCCAGCACAUCAAUAGCAACAUGCCACAAUCACUUAAGGUGGGCAGCUUCAUCAUUGAGUUGGCUUCUCAGCGAAAGAGUCGGGGUGAGAAGAACCCUCCUGUUUAUUCUUCUCGUGUGAAAAUCUCUAUGCCAUCAUGUCAAGACCAAGAUGAUAUGGCUGAGAAAUCUGGAUCAGAGACUCCUGAUGGUCCAUUAUCCCCUGGGAAAGUGGAUGGUAUCUCUCCUGUGCAGACAGAUGCCCUGGAUUCAGUGAGGGAGAGAUUACAUGGAGGCAAAGGUCUGCCUUUUUAUGCAGGACUUUCUCCUGCAGGGAAGCUUGUGGCCUAUAAACGUAAACCCAGUUCAAGCACAUCUGGACUUAUCCAGGUUAAUGGUAAGAGUUACCCGCAGGCUAAGUUGCUAUUGGGACAGAUGGGGGCAUUGCAUCCAGCCAAUAGGCUAGCUGCUUAUAUCACAGGCAGGUUGCGACCCUCAGUCCUGGACCUCUCAACCCUCAGUACUGUCAUCUCCAAGGUAGCAUCAAAUGCCAAGGUGGCUGCAUCCAGGAAACCACGUACCCUGUUGCCUUCCACGUCCAAUUCCAAAAUGACUUCCUCCUCUGGCACUACAACAAAUCGCCCUGGGAAGAAUCUGAAGGCAUUUGUCCCAGCAAAAAGACCAAUUGCGGCUCGACCCUCUCCUGGUGGUGUGUUCACACAGUUUGUGAUGAGUAAAGUUGGAGCCCUGCAGCAGAAGAUACCUGGAGUUAGCACGCCCCAACCCCUAACAGGGCCACAGAAGUUCAGUAUCAGACCCUCUCCAUUAAUGGUCGUCACACCUGUGGUUUCUUCUGAACCAGUUCAGGUGUGCAGUUCUGUGACUGCUGCUGUCACUACUACCACCCCUCAAGUAAUUUUAGAAAAUGUUACUGCUGUGACACCUAUGACUGCUAUCUCUGACGUGGGAACUAAAGAAACUACUUAUUCUUCUGGUGCCACUACUGCAGAGGUUGUUGAGGUCUCUGAAACUAAUUCCAGCACCCCUGUAACACCUACACAAUCUACAGCCACUGUGAACCUUAUCAAAACGACUGGGAUAACUACCCCUGUGGCUUCAGUUGCUUUUCCUAAGUCCUUGGUAGCAUCUUCUCCAACCAUAACUCUUCCUGUUGCUUCCACUGCCUCCACCUCCAUAGUGGUGGUGACCACAGCUGCAUCUUCUUCCAUGGUGACCACACCAACUACAUCUCUGGGCUCUGUUCCCAUUAUACUCUCAGGAAUUGAUGGGAAUCCACCAGUGAGCCAGAGACCAGAAACUAGCCCUCAGAUUCCAGUGACUACUCCACAGGUCUCUCCUAAUACAGUGAAACGUACUGGACCUCGAUUGUUGUUGAUUCCUGUCCAACAAGGUUCUCCUACUCUCAGACCUGUUCCAAACACACAACUUCAGGGACAACGGAUGGUCUUACAGCCUGUUAGAAGCCCAACUGGAAUGAACCUGUUCAGGCACCCUAAUGGGCAGAUUGUCCAGCUCCUUCCUUUGCACCAGCUUCGAGGCUCUAAUACCCAGCCCAACUUACAGCCCAUCAUGUUUAGGAAUCCAGGGGCUGUGAUGGGAAUCCGGCUACCCACUCCAUCAAAACCUUCAGAAACUCCACCAUCUUCUGCUUCAUCCUCUGCUUUCUCUGUUGUUAACCCUGUAAUUCAGAGUGUUGGCACUUCACCAACAGUGAAUGUUGUCACUCAGGCACCAACAUUGAUUUCUUCUGGACCUAGUUUUGUAUCUCAAUCUGGUACAUUGACCUUGAGAAUUUCCCCUCCUGAACCACAAAGCUUUGCAAAUAAAACAGUCUCUGAAACCAAAAUAACAUAUAGUUCAGGAGGACAACCCAUUGGCACAGCCAGUCUUAUACCUCUUCAGUCUGGUAGUUUUGCCUUAUUGCAGCUUCCUGGACAAAAACCUGUUCCUAGCUCAAUUCUUCAACAUGUUGCUUCUCUUCAGAUGAAGAAAGAGUCUCAGAAUAUAGACCAGAAGGAUGAAGUGAACUUUAUAAAGAGAGAACAAGAAACUAAGAAGGCUCUACUACAGUCAGAAGAAGCUACAGAUCCUGAGCUUAAUAUAAUAAAACAAAAAUCAGGUGCUUCAGAAGAAACCCUGAAUGAUUUCCUGGAAGAUGAAGAAUCCCUUACAGAAGAAGAUCCUGUUAAACCUGAGCACUCCUGUGUCUCUGGAUCACACAAAAGUGAAGAUGCUGAUGAAGAGUAUCCAUUUAGGAGUCCUAAUAAUGCCAAAGAAAAACUGACUGUACUAGAAAUUAAGGCCAUUUCUGAAAAAGCCAGUAACAUUACUGUUAAAAGUGCAAGUAAUGUGCAGCAUAAAAAACUUGGUGAUAUGAAAAUGGAACAGCAAAGCGGGUUAAAUAAUCCAGAUGAAAACUCAAAUGAUUUUUCAGUCAUCUCUAAGGAAGAGAGUAAAGUGAAUUUACCAAGGAGCAAAAUUGUGGAGCAGUCUAAUCUGCACCCAGAGGCUAAGGGAUAUGGCAACUCUCCGAAGGACAGUAUUAGGGAGAGAUGGAGAAAACGUCUGAAGGGUCCUUUAACCCAUGGAACUUUACUAGAAUGCAAGGAAGAGGCAGAUGAGCAGUUAAUUAUAAAAACAAAGACUUGUCAGGAAAAUUCAGUAUUUCAACAAGAACAAAUUAACUCUGAUUCUCUUGGGAAAAGUGGAACUAAGAAUGCCAGAGAAUUAAAAGCUGAAUGUGAUUCUUGGAGUAGGAUUUCUCGUUCUGCAACUUUCUCCAUUGUCCCUAGGAGAGCUACAAAAGGGAGUAGAGAGGAAGCACAUCUUCAAAGUCACUUACUGCUACCAGGAGAACAGACGCAACCAAAGCAGGAGAAGGGUGGGAAAAGCAAUUCUGACUUCACUCUCUUGCAUUUGGAAGAGGAGGACGAGGAAGAUGACAAUGAGAAAACCGAUGAUUCUAUUGAUGAGAUUGUGGAUGUUGUUUCUGACUACCAGAGUGAGGAGGUUGAUGAUAUAGAAAAGGUGAGUAACUGUGUUGAAUACACUGAAGAUGAUGAGGAGCAGGUAGACAUUGAGACUGUGGAAGAGCUGUCUGAAGAAAUUCACUCUGCCCACACACAGACUUUGAAACAGUCGUGCCGUACCCGUACUUCCGCAGAUGACAAAGCAACUGAAAGGAGUCGAAAGGCUUCAUCAGUUCCUCUAAAGUUAAAACCUGAUUACUGGAGUGAAAAGCUACAAAAAGAAGCAGAAGCUUUUGCUUAUUACCGACGGACACACACUGCCAAUGAGCGACGCCGUCGUGGUGAAAUGAGGGAUCUCUUUGAGAAAUUGAAAGUUACACUAGGAUUACUUCAUUCUUCCAAGGUUUCCAAAAGUCUCAUUCUUACCAGGGCAUUCAGUGAAAUUCAGGGACUAACAGAUCAGGCAGACAAGUUGAUAGGACAGAAAAAUCUCCUGACUCGAAAACGGAAUAUUUUGAUACGGAAAGUGUCGUCUCUUUCAGGUAAGACAGAAGAGGUGGUCCUGAAGAAACUAGAGUAUAUUUAUGCAAAACAACAAGCACUAGAGGCACAGAAACGAAAAAGGAAGAUGGGAUCAGAUGAAUUUGAUGUGCCUCCCAGAAGUAGCAAACAGCAGGAAGGAUCCUCUACAUCAUCUGUAGAUCUUGGACAGAUGUUUAUAAAUAACAGGAAGGGGAAGCCUUUGAUUCUCUCCAGAAAAAAAGACCAGGCUACAGAAAAUAGCUCACCUUCUGGCACGCCACACACCUCGGCUAACAUUGUGAUGACUCCACAAGGGCAGUUGCUCACCUUAAAAGGUCCCCUGUUUUCAGGACCAGUGGUAACUGUUUCUCCUACUCUCUUAGAAGCAGAUUUGAAGCCUAAAGCUGCCAGCAGUGUUAUGACUCAAUCAGAAAAUGACGACUUAUUUAUGAUGCCAAGAAUUGUUAAUGUGACAUCACUGGCCACAGAGGGAGGUUUGGUAGAUAUGGCUGGUAGCAAAUAUGAAGUUCCUAGUGGCAAGCCAACUGAGCAUCUGAAAAAUGCUGUCAGGAGUGAAAAAGACUCCUUUGAAGAUGCAGGCAGAAUCUCUUCCAGAGGCAACCAUAGAGAUGGCCGAAUGACAUUGGGUUCUACAAAAGUUUUUUUGGCAAGUAAGGAUUCUGGUUUCCCACAAAUAGUUGAUGUUUCAAGUAUGCAGGAAACACAAGAAUUCUUACCCAAAGAUAUUUCUGGUGAUAUGAGAGGGCAGUAUAAAUGGAAAGAGAAUGAAUCCAGACGGGAGAGAUUGAAGCCAAAGGAGUCUCCAUUUCAUAAAGUAAAGAUGAAAGACCUUAAAGACUCAAGCAUCGAGAUGGAACUGAGAAAGGUAGCUUCAGCAAUAGAGGAAGCAGCACUAGAUCCCAGUGAUCUGCUAACUAACAUGGAAGAGGAGGAUGACACUGAUGAAACUCUAACCUCUUUGCUCAAUGAAAUUGCCUUUCUUAAUCAGCAGUUAAAUGAUGAUUCUGUUAGCCUAUCUGAACUACCCAGCUCUAUGGAUACAGAAUUUCAGGCGGAUGGUCAGCGGGCUUUUAUCAGUAAACUUACUUCUGGAAACAGAGCAGCUUUCCAGGUUGGCCAGUUGGGAACUGGUUUGAAAGAGUUAUCUGAUGUACAAGGGGAAAGUGACUCCGUCAGUCCCCUCCUUUUACACUUGGAAGAUGAUGACUUUUCUGAGAAUGAAAAACAACUUGCAGAACCAGCCUCUGAGCCAGAUGUUCUUAAGAUUGUUAUUGACUCUGAGAUAAAGGAUUCUCUCCUUUCUAACAGAAGAUCAAGUGAUGGGGAGAAGGGUACUUCUGGCAUUUCUGCAGAAACUGAAAGUGUGUCUUCACCCCCAAUUCUGCACAUGAAGACUGGUCUAGAGAAUAGCAACAUGGAUACUUUAUGGAGGCCUAUGCCAAAGCUGGCACCUCUAGGUUUAAAAGUAGCUAAUCCUCCUAGUGAUGCAGAUGGUCAGAGUCUCAAGGUGAUGCCUUGCUUGGCACCUGUAGCUGCUAAAGUUGGAUCACUUGGACACAAAAUGAACUUAACAGGGAAUGACCAGGAAUGCCGAGAUGGCAAAGUGAUGCCUACAUUGGCACCUGUUAUUGCCAAAUCCAGCAACUCUGGGGUCUCACCAAGUUCUGUAGGGAAAUGAACAUACUUGUCCUUGGACAGAAACAACACUAUGAGCAGACAACCUCCUUUCUCUUUAGGCAUCUGCUUAUUUGUGUCUCGGGAAAUGAGAUCCUUAAAUUUGAUGUGGUGGAUAAUAACAGAGAAAGGGAAUAGGGCACUGGCUUUGGUAUAAGUAAUUACUAUGAAAUUCUGAUCAUGUUAAAAUGUGUUACCUCACUUGUGGUGCUGGGGUCUCCUCAUCCUCUCCAAGAAGGUGUGAUUUAUUGCUAAACAUGAGGUGUCCCUCUAACCCAAGUAAUUCAAACAAGACUCUAGAUCCUCAGUGAUUCCUAGUUCUUUGCUCCCAAAAGAAAAAAAAGGGGGGGGGGCUGAUUGGGAUUUUGGAGUUGUGAACUGACUAAACCAUAAUACUGUUUUUUUAUGUUGUGUGUGUGUGUGUGUGCGCACACGUGUGCACACAUGCUUUGGAGUUAAGUCUGAAAUCCAAGGAAUGUGAUGCACAUGUGUGAGAGGACCCAGAAGAGAAUGUUUUUAGUUCAAAGCUAGGGGGAGAGAGAGAAUGAGUACCAUGGCAUACCAAAGUGAAGGACUUUAUGUCAUUCAGCAAACAUUUCUUUUAUAUCCCAAGUAGGUUCCAUUUCCUUACCUUAAAUUAGAAUUGUACGUCCAAGCCUGCUGGUAAAGUAGGAAUGCUUUUAAUGUUUAUUACUAAGGUAAUUGUUUGGAGAUGUUAAAAAAAAAUUACUAUUCUCCCUUAUUGUCUUAAGGUGACCAUUUCAAAGUACCAGGUCUUUCUACGCAGAAUAUAUGGAUGUAGGCAUAGAGAGACCUCUUCCUCUUUCACUAAUCAUAUCACUCAAGAGCUAGCUGAAAUAGAAAGCAUUCCCUCCCCAGACCAGAGACAGUGGCCAAAAUGAAAAAACUGUGGGGCUGGAUAUUUACUAAAUCAAACCAGCCUCCUGGUGCUUGAAGGUCUCAUUCACUAUUAAUUGCACAGGAUGUAAAGAAAAAGUCACAGUAGGCACUCUUUACCAGGGAAAUACAGCAGUAUUUGAACUACAAGAUAUAUUUUUUAUUAACCUGCUACCAUGGAUUCAAUGAUCUGUAGAGCUUUUUUCACUCAUUAGCUGUCAGGUCAUGAAGGACUGACAGCCUGUAAAGAUAUAUUUAUAUUUUUGUAUAGUUGUUUUCACAGGUUUCUCAAAGGCUGAAGUUUUCAACCUAGAAGAUGAGAUUUGUAUUGAGUAUAGAAAUGUUUCCUAUCUAGUUUGUAAAUAAUCAUGGUGCACUUGAGGGGUCUCUUGGAAACUCCCGGGGGCAAGAAUCACUUCUGAAAAUGUAUAGACUGAGAUUUAGCUGCUGCAUUUUGCCUUUCUUAAAUAAUUGUAUUUUGGAAUGUAACCCUUGUUCUGUCAUUAUUGACAGGAUUUGCUUGUGUUGUGAAAUAUUAACACAAGAGCUUCCACUACCUAGGCUGUGCCUGGGUAUUGCUAUUUCUUCUAUGUUCCCUCCCUUCUGUGUUCCCUAGAUUGCCACUCAGCAUAGUUUCAAACCUAUGUCACAAGCCCAAUUUAGGAAUGGUUCAAGCCAGUGAAUUAUUACUGCCUUGGUUGGUUCACUUACUAGUAACUCUGGUAGUCAACAGAUUGAAAAGAGUGGGAAAAACUUCUGCAAAUUGCAGCAGGAGAACUUCUUUUGCUGAUUUUAUGCUACUUGCCUUUCUUGAACUGCUCAUCAGCAUUUAACCCUUUGUUCUUCUAACAGUCACUGAAUAAGCUUGAAGUAGGUAUAAAGCAUUCCUCAGCUUAUUAUCCCUUUUCACAGCUUUUAAAUACAGAUUUCAUUCAAUGCCUUAGCCAAGAAGUCCUGCCCCUGCCUUUUCUGCUAGUAAUUAAUUGUUCUUGGAGAUGCUAGUACUUUACAUCAGCUACAGUUUUCCAUUAUUUCCCUGCUUGUCUUGUCCCCACAUUUCCUCCUAACUUCUAAUGGCUUUUGUUAACAGCUUUUGAGGAGCAGGCAUGUAAGUGAAAAUAUCCUCAGGAAAAGGACAAUUCUGUUUCUAAACUCUGUUCCUUUUUUAAAAUAAGAAAAAAUAGGUAAUUAAUUCUUUAUGGUUAGGUAUAUGACUGUUUAUGAGAGAUGUGCAAAGAUGAAAAUGAGAGAUGAUUACAGGAGUUCAAGGAAGGCUUCAUAUAUCAUUAUAACCCUUAUCCUCCCACCUCUACCCCCAGAUACUGGUUUCAAGACCUCUUAGAACUAGGAAGUCAUCAGGGCAAAUGUAAGGAAUAGACCUUCAGAACAACCCUGCAGUCUUAAGAGAAAUCUGAAAUCUCAAAAAAAAAUUCCUAUACUUUAACUUUACCCCAGGAAAAAACUGAGCUAUGAAAAUUACCUGUUUGACUAUGAAAGCUGUAAUUGAGAGAGGAGUUAAGGAAACUGGAGGACAGUAAGUGCUGAUCCUAACUAAGAAGCAUGAUCUCAGUAGAUCAAUGAUUCGCCUUUUUAUACACCUGUAAAUAAGUGGAAUGUUUUUAAGAAUAUAAUCAUGUCAGAUUUAGCUUUUUCUUUUAUAUAUUAAAUAUAUAUAUAUAUCUUUCUUUUCCUGCUUUUGAAAAAUGACUAUUUUUUUAAAAACCUAAGAAUAGAAGUUUGGCAAUUGAAAGGCAGAAUGUAUAAACUUGAAAUAAAUCAGUUAUUAUAAUUAAAAUAGAAUCUGGUGUUUGGAGAUUUGUGGUGAGUUGGAACAGAUAGUUCUAAUGUCUUAUGUCACAUAUCAGAGAGGAGCUACUAAGGUAGUUCUAUCACAGGAUGAUUUUUUUUUUUAUUACUAUUUCUAACAUGCCAUUGUGUGUGUGUAGGGGGUGUGCUCUAAUGUUUAUAGCUUGGUUUACAUGGAGACUUCAAAGUUUUGUAUGAUUCGAUGGCAAGUAUUCCAAGUUCGACAGUAAAGAAAGACUUGCCUCAUAAUACCAGCGCAUACAGGUCAUCAGUGCACCUGUUAUUCUUGAGGAAUAUUAGGGAAGAAAUUAUAUUAGUGACCUGGAACAAUAGAACUUUUAAAAACAAAAUACAAUAAUGAGUAACAAUUUAUAUAUAUGUUUAUUUUUUUUCCCAGUUCAGCUCUGUGCCUCCCUCCUCCUGCCCCAAGCUCUAGCUUGGGUUGGUGCCAGAGAUUGAACCUGUGAGCUUUAGGCAUGAAAGUGUUGUGUACAUUGCAUUGCUGUCUCCCUGGCUUUAGUAUCAGGAGAGUUCUUUAGAUACUGAAAUACUCUGAGGUUUAUAAGGUCAAGUAUAGUCAUAACAUUUACACAUCGUGUAGCUUCAUAGUAAAUUCAAAUUCAACUCCCCCCUCUCCCAUUAUGAAUGAAAUAUCCAACAGUGGCUUGUCUAACAAGUCUGAAAAAUCUUAAACAUGGAAGGCAGAUAAUCUGAAUAUUAUUUGGGACAGGAUUCACAGUAUAGUGCGCACACACCCCCACCCACCCACCCACACACUGGUUGAGGUAUUGGGAUGGAAUAAAACAGAAUCAGGUGAAUUAAGAGGUUAAUGCACUUUGAAGAUGGGUCUAAAAAGUGGGAAUGAUCUUAGUUGCUUCUAGAAGAUUGUGUGUGCAUGUGUGUGUGUGCAGAGUAGACAGCACAUUUUCAGGUAUUGUUUAACUGAUAGCCAAGAGUCUUGAAUUGUUCAUUUUUAAGAAAGUCUAAGGACACCAGUAUUUCCAUGUCUUAUAUUAUCUAUAUUGAAAUUUUACAUGAACCUUAAUAGCUGAUUACAGAGAAAAAUAAAACUCAGCUACUCAGAUUGUCUUUGGUAUUUAGAGAAAAAAAAAUGAGUCAAGACUGUUUUUGGAAUCGGAAGAUAGGCCAGCAGGUAAAGUACACACCUACUGUGGGUGAAACCCUGGGUCAAAUCUCUGGCACCACAUGGGAACACCAUGGACAGCACCAAAGGGAACUCAGGGAUGAUGGAGCAGUGCUUUGGUGCUUUUCCCUUACUCAUCCCCCAGUUCUUUCUCUCUCUCUCUCUCUCUCUACCCCCCCCUCCCCUCUCUCCUCUUUUUCCCUCUCCCCUCUCUCCUGUCUCCAGAAUAGAAUGAAAAAAUUGGGUGAAAGGCCAGUUGGCAACAUCAAGUAUGCUUAAGUUUCUCAGCUUAUUCUCCAGUGCCACACUAAAGUGCAUUUUAAAAAUUAAGUUAAAGGGAAAUAAUAUAUGCAAAUUUAGAACUGAGGCAUAGUUGGAGUAUACCAAAUACAACAGACUGCUCUACAAAGAUGGUUAGAAGUGUGCGUGGAAGGUGAGAAGAUUAAACCAUGGAAUGGGCUGGAAAAUUUGAGACAAAUAAGUGCUGUUAAGUUUUCUAUCAUUGUAAAUUCUGCUGUUAGGCAAGAUUAUGUUAAAUAGCAAAGCAUUAUUGGAAGCAUUGUUUUAGAUCCAUCCUGUUUCCAAUUCUAAGCAUUGUCUUAGCUGCCCCACAGUGCCUUGCAUGUAAAGGUGCUCAAUAAAUAUUUGAAUUGAU